CGCAAAACCAACGUAACACACCCUCUUCUUCCAAUAUGAUCACCCCCGCUCAGGGUUUCCUCCUCAGCACCGCCGGAAACGCCGCCAUGUGCGUCGGUCUUCCCAGGAAGCAGGUCACCGACAUCUACCUCAACGGAACGCAGAUCCAGGAUAAUUCCGAGGCCGAUGCCGGCUGGAGGUUCUUCGGCCUCGCCGGUGGAGCCGCCUGCGCCGCCGUGUACCUCGCCGACAAGACCGUCACCAACGCUGACGACAGGAAGAUUCUCAACGGCGCGAUCGCGGCUAACGCCAUUGGCAACGCGGCCCUCUUCGUCCAGCAUAAGUUCAUGGACCACGUCAAGCCCGAGCUUCGCUGGCUCAACCUCGGCAUGCAGGCGGGCGUUGCUGGCCUCGCCGUCAAGGCCCUCCUCGACAAGAAGUAAUUUCACCACGCACGCCAUCUACGACGACCCAGAGGGGCGCCGAAAGAGUCGCGAUACUCCCCCUGACACCGCCAGUGGUCGUCGUUGUUACACGCAUUCCGACACGAUCCCCGAGACAGGACCUAGAGACGAAAUAAAAAGAGAGUUCCUC